UCGUCGUCGACGUUUUCCCCCCGGUUCCCUCGACGGAGGUAUAGACGUCGCUCUCGGUGGAGUUGUCGCUCUUGUCCACUUUACUCUCGCUCGUAACAGUGCCAAAAGUGCCUCAAAACGCUUCACUUCGUUCUAUCAGCCCCAUUUUCUCUCUUUCUCUCUCUCUCUCUCUCUCUCUCUCUCUGCCUCUCGUUUCUUUUUUUUUUUUAUUUACCCGCCGCCUUCUCAUUUUCCUCGCAAAGUUCCCUCGAGUUCCUCUUUUCAUCUGGGAGGAAGAGAGUUCAUCCACGUGCUCGGCAUUUCUCGUCCUUCUCUUCUCUCCUUCUUUUUCUAUCUUCGAUUUCAAUUGAACGUAUCUCUCGAUACUGUUUGCCAAGAGACCACGCGAGGGAAGAAUCGAUCGCGUGGGCGAUUGCGAAUCAUUGAACGAGUCGAUUGAGCGAAAGUAAUUGAUCGAGGUCUUGUGAUUGUGCUCGACGAUGAUCGUCGUAUCAUCCGGUUCGAUGGUGAAUCGUUCGUGCGCGAAAAUCGAAGUUUGAAGUAGAAGACGCGUGCUUUUCUCUCAUUCUCUCAGGAAAGAAGACUCGCUGAGAAAACGUUCAUGUUGCCGGAAAGCACCUUUCCCGUCACAGGGGGCACUAUGCAGACUGAGGAAGUCGUGCCGCGUGCACAGUCUAUUGGCAUAGACAGCAGUCUCAUCGACGGCGCUGGUCUGCAGCAUCAUUUGCAUCACUCGUCGCAUUUACGCUGUCCGUUACCGCCCGUGAUCCACAUGGCCGUCAAGCAAGAGCCCCAGGAGGAGGAAGAGCGAAGUCGCGACACGAGCACGUUGAGUCCGCAAGUGGAUGCGAUCAACGUCGCGGGUUCGGUGGACAACAAGCACGGACAGCAAGUCGGUCAUCAUCAAAUUCAAGGAUUGGAGGAGAAUUUAAUGUUAGUUUCAGAUGCUAAUAACCGAGGACGAUCCAGCCGUGGUCGCAGAAAAUCGCGAUGGAAGCUCAAGUUCCAUCAUCAGGCGCUCCCGCCGGAAUACUUGGACCAUUAUGAGGCGUCGCUGGCCCAGGAGAAUCUGAACUCGUCGCCGCCGCGAAGCGUCCUCGAACCGGCGGCACCCAGCCCGGCGCCGACGAGUUCGACGUCCACCCCGAGUCCCAUCGCGGACACCCACGGCUGGCUGCAGCGGAUCGCGGCGAUGCAGCAGGAGCUCUGUCCGACUCCUGGCCGCGACAAUCAAGUGACCAACACCAGGAGAUCCGUCAUCACAUCCACGUCCUCGCAGGUCUACUCCAACGCGCCGUAUUCCCAUAAUCACGCCCAGCAAACGCAGUCGCAGACGUCCAGCAGGCCGCCGAUGAAGUAUUCCGAUCUUCCCUACAUGGGCGAGAUCACCCUCGACAAUAGCAAGCCUAGACGCGGCCGAAAGCCGAAGAAGGCCGACAUCUGCCAUUUGAUUUACAAGAAUUACGGCACCAUACUGCCGGGUACGCCCGGCCACGAGGAGAGAAGACUGUCGCCCCGAGAGAAACAGGAUUCUCAGGACCGAGUGUCGCCUCACGUGCCCUUUCAGAGAACGGACGUGCAGAACAGAAUCAGCAGUCUGUUGGAGAAACGGCUGACGCAGGAGACUCGACGAAGCUUCGUCACGCUGUCCGAGAAUACACGGGAGCAGGACGAGCCUUUGAAUCUCUGCAUCCGAGAUCUCAAUCAGCUGAAGAUUCGCUUAUUGCGGAAGCAUGGAAACGUCUACGAAUCCGGCCAGAUGAAGAGCGAGACGUCCAGCGAUGGCGAAGAGGUGGAGUGUCUUGGAAGCUCUUUUCUAUCGGAACCGGUCAAUUACUCGGACUCGAUGGUUCAUCGUUCCAACAACAGUCUCGUUAAUCAUAAUAAUAACGUGAUCGAUCCGACGAUCGGCCACAACUCUGGCUUCGUGUAUUGGCCGAAUACUGGCGUCUUCAUCCACCCGAUGGCCUUGCAGUCCCAAUUGUUGUAUUAUCAGAAGGUCGCCCAAGGUGACAAGGGCUCGCCGCGGCCGACGACGGAUCAGCCGCCGAGGGAGCAGAAAAUCGUGCCCAAGUCGAUAUAUUCGAUGAUGGAGACGAAGAGCGUACCUCAAGUAUCGGCGUCAAGUAUACCUGCUUCUCAGACAACGACGACGACGACGACGCCGACGUCGACGUCGACGUCGAGCGCUCCGCCGUCGCCCAGACCGAAGAGGAACGCUCCUCUAAGUCAACCGCAGAGUCAGCCGACUAAGCGGAAGCGCUCCGCCAUAUUUAUACCACCGAUCCCGGCCGAGAACAACAAUAAUCCGGCGACGGAAGUGAGUAUAUGCAAGUUCAAAUUCACCGGCGGCGCCAAGCCCAGCCUGCAGGAGAAGAAGAGUCUCUCGGUGGACUCGGGCGGUAAUUUCCGCUAUUACAGCGGCACCGGCGAUAAGAGUAUGCGCGGCUACGAGUUUUUCCGAGAGGCUCUUCAGCAACCGGCGGGUCAGUCCGGAGCGACCUCCGCCGCCGGAGCCUUCCUCAGCGCCGCCGGCGAGAGGAUCCAAUCCCCCAUAACGUGUCAGAGAAGCUCAGCCAGCCAGGACGACGGACGGCGGAAGAGGAAGACCAGGAAGUCUCUGCAGCGCGAGAAGCUGGAGCAGACCUUUAAGGAGAAGGGCUUCCUCAUUCAGACGCAGCAGUUGGAAUCCGCGGAGGGCGCCACGUACUGCAAAUUCCGGCAGCUCAGGAAGUUCACCAGAUAUCUGUUCAGAAGCUGGAAAGACUAUUUGCCCGGAAAUGUGCGCGAACUGAGCGGAAAUAACGGCGGCGCCGGUGCCCCCAUAAACGGUGAUGCGACCGAGCUUGACGUCGAUGGGGAGGCCGCUCUUCUUCACUCUCCGCUUCCUCGCGGCAAUCUGCUGGAUGUGCCGAGCAGCUUCGUGGAGGAUCAUCAGACUCUGCCCCUCACGUGAGACAUCGUGACAUUCGCGACGCGUCGAUCAACGGAAGUCAUGACAUGGUACGAUGUUACUUCUUCUCUAUCAUUGAGUCUUUUCUAUGCCACUGACAAAGAAAUAUGAUCAAUCAUUUUUAUUUCAAACUAAUAAUAUUGAUUUGAU